AGGAAUUGUUCUCUAUUCAAAUGCAAAAGAGUAGUGGGAAUUUCGAACAUGCUUAUCCUAAUCGCUACUGUGUUUGCGGCUUACUCUAUAACCUCAUAUAUUUUACUACGGAAUCCAGAAAUACUGCACAGAAAAAAACGGUUUCCUUUUGAUGCUGCACAUAUCAGUCACCGAGGUGGUUCCGGUGAACAGAUAGAGAAUACCUUAAAAGCUUUUAAUAGUUCCUUACUAGUUGGCACAAAUAUGUUUGAGACUGAUUGUCAUCUGACCAAAGACAAUCAAGUCGUUGUAUUUCAUGACAAGAUGCUAGAUCGUUGUACUGGUGUGUCCGGCCUAGUGAGAGAAUUUUCUUACAAAGAUCUACCGGAUUACCUUAAAAUGAUCGAAGUUGAGUUUUCUCCAGGUUCUUUUUGUAAUGCAGAGUCUUCCCCUUCAUGUAAAAUUCCACGUCUAGAGGACUUGUUUACUAAUUUUCCGAACACGCCUAUCAAUAUUGACAUUAAAGUUAAUAACGAUUUCCUCAUCAAUGAGGUUGCUCGUCUUAUUGAAACUUACAAACGAGAGCGUAUAACUGUAUGGGGAUCAAUGGAUUCAAAAGUAUCAAAAAAGUGUGAAUUACGCAACAAAAACAUUCUUACUUUUGCCCCUUCUUCGUAUGUAAUGUGGAUAAUCACGUGUUAUGUUGUGGGACUACUCCCUUUCAUACCCAUGAAAUUUGAUUGUUUUGAACUUCCUUUAGUUUCUGUUAUUCGAUCAAACGAGUUUGCCAGACGACGUAGUUGGAAUCAUUUUAUACCUAAUGCAGUUUUACUAUUCUCUGACCUAGUCUUAUCGUCACCUCUGUUCAUAAGACAUCUACGAAAACGUGGAGUUCCGGUAUUUUUCUGGGUGUGUAACAAUGAAGAUGAUAUGCGAAAAGCUUUUGAACUUGGGGCUUCUGGUGUAAUGACAGACUAUCCUGUGAAGUUAGCCGAAUUCCUCAAGAAGCAUCCUGAAUAUCCGAAAGUUUUUUGAUUCACUUUUGCAUCCUCAUUUUGAAAAACAUUGAGCUAGACUUCUGUUUAUAUGCAUGUCUUAUGGAUUUUUGGACUGAAUUAUACUCGUAUUUAUUUUUAAUUUUGUAGACUUUUUAAAAUUUAACCACCUUCAUUUUCUUCAUUUUUCACGAGAGGAAUAUACUAAUCGAUAAAUUUGUGCAUAUCUAAUCUAUCCACCGUUUUUUUCAUAUGUUAUAUUAAUAAGAAUCUUACAGGUCUGUUAAUAAAAUCAUAUCGUAUUGCCAGACCAUAAGCUGUUACUUUCAUCCUUUUAUUUUCGAUCAGACUGUGAG